CCCCGCCCAUUCCCGGGGCGGUUCGCGGCCCCGGCCCCGCCCGCACUUUACGGCAGCGGCCGCGGUUUGCGGCGGGUUGUGCGGGGCCGGGCCGGGCCGCGCUCGGGCGGACAUGGCCAGCACGAUGGUGGCGGUGGGCCUGGCCAUAGCGGCGGCCGGAUUCGCAGGUCGCUAUGCAGUAAAAGCUUUGAAGCAAAUGGAGCCACAGGUUAAACAAGCCCUUCAAAACCUACCAAAAGCUGGCUUCAGUGGUUAUUACAGAGGUGGAUUUGAACCCAAAAUGACUAAACGAGAAGCAGCUUUAAUACUGGGAGUGAGCCCUACAGCCAACAGAAAUAAAAUCAGAGAAGCUCACAGACGGAUCAUGCUUCUGAAUCAUCCAGAUAAAGGUGGAUCUCCGUAUGUAGCAGCCAAAAUUAAUGAAGCUAAGGAUCUACUAGAAGACCAAGCUAAAAAAUGAAUAAGAAGGAACAUCGCUCAUUCUGAGGGGCUGUGCUGUAGUUUGGAAGGCUCAUCCCCAGAGGUGGUGGCAGGACCAUUCACUGCCUUUUCGGAAGGGCUGUUCUCGUCAAUCGCAUCUUUUGCCUGGCAAAAACAACAACAGGGGAGUGUUAAAAAUCCCACUGCAAUGCAGAGUGUAAUCUCAGCUUCCCUCUGCAAGAGGGAACACCUCUUGUUUGUCUGUGCCUGUAUCCUGCCAAUUAAACCAUCUGAUCACUUA